AUGGCGAAAAGAAAUUGGGUAAAAGCAUGCUGCGGAGUGAUAAACAGUAUUCUUGCAGCGCUGGCAUUGUACGGAACUUUAUACUUGGCAGUGCUCAUCUUUCAGAAGGGCUCCCUCCCAACAUCGCCAUCGGAUCUCUACAAGAAACCUGCGGCUUCUCACAAUUUACCUUCUGAUCAUGGUUCUGGAUCUGUGCCCCCUCCUCCAGCGACACUACAGAUUGAAAAAAUAAACCCAAAUGCGAAUUGGUUUAAUAGACCCGAGAGUUUGGUUGUGCCAAAGGACGAUUAUUUGGGGAAGCGACCACAUGUUGAUACGGUUGCGAACCUCACAAAAUUAGUGGAGGAAUGCAGGGGAUCAUACAAUAAACUCGAGAAAAUGCCGUACGUUUUCGACUGUUUAAAAUAUAUGGACGAGGGCGAGAAGGAAUAUUAUUACAUGCCGGCACAAGGAGAACGAGCGAGCGAACAACCCCCUAAACUGGCAGAGUAUCUUAAUUCUGAUGGACAGGACAACUCUUUAGAACAAUAUCCAUCGCAGAAAGGCUACUCGAAAUCGUCUUCUGGUCAAUGUAAUGGCCCAAUCAUACCAUAUCAUACCUACUGGACCGGCCCUGCGACUUGGAGAGUGGAGCUUUUCGUAAAGAGUUAUUUUUAUACACAAAAUCUUCCUUGCUCCAGAUUGUUCAUAUGGUUGGAUGGGGAUAGGGAUCCAAAUGCAAUCGAUAGGUUUAUGACUCGGGAUCCGUUGUUCAAGAGAUUUGUACCGCUCGUCGAAAGGGGGGACAUAAUUUUGAAAUUGUGGAACUUUCCCUCUAGAAUUCCAUUACCACCUGGAGACAACACGGACGGACGUGGAUAUUACAAAAGCCCAGGCAAACCAAACGCCAAUGAUGAGGUUAUGGUAGCAGAUGGACUUAUUCGAGACUCCAACGACCAGGAAUGGUUGAUCUUAACAGAAAGACAGAUGACUUUCUUGCCGGUUGCAGUCUCGGAUGCUAUGAGAUUUGUUGUCUUACAUUUAUAUGGAGGAUCUUACUACGAUAUGGACGUUGUCAUGCUACGAGAUAUGCGACCAUUACUUAUUGGAGAUGAACAUGCGUUUGCGGAACGUUGGGGGGGUCACUCCAGUCCUGGGGACUACAACACGGCGGUGAUGUCUUUAACAGCUAAUUCGUCUCUGUCCUCUUACCUUUUACGAGGUGGUGUAAGAAUGGGGCUAAACUUUCAUCCUCGAAUCAUCGGCGUUAUGGCUGUGAAGGACCGUCGAAACCAAGAAUUCAACAUGCUGGAGACGGCCGCUUUCGACCCGAUCUGGACUGAAUUCAACUGGGACAGAUUAGGAAGAUGUACAGUACCAUGUAUCAAGGAUUAUGGACAAGUGUUCAAGGGAAAGAACGCUUUCCCAAACCACGAUGAGUGGGAAAGUUAUGACGGACCGCAAUUAGAGCUUGCCUCAGCAAUCAAGUCAAAACAUUUUUGGGAAAUGAGAUCCGUCGAGAGAGCAGAAGUUGAGAAGCGUGAAGUGACGGCGGAACGAGCAACAACCGAAAAUGGUCUCGAAAUGUUGACUCUCGACCGAGCAGCAUUGAGCAAAGCCGAGUACAAAUUUGAAGAGGACAUAUAUCCUCCUACAAAUCGAACUUUAGAGAAUUUCUUCCGAGGCGCGUGGACAUAUCAUAUUCAUAACCAGUGGUACAAAAAUCCCGAACCAUCUUCGUGGCUUAACGUUAUCCAGAUAGCACACGAUGGGUUCUUCUCUGCUUCACGCACAAAUCCUUACGGCGAGAAAUGGCAAGGUCUUGAACUACCUCCAUAUGAAAUAUCUUGGGAAUAUACCUAA